AUGGGCCAGUGCUGUUGCCUCCUUUAUACCUACCUCUUUGAGGCACCCGUGAUAAGGGUUCUCAUGCUUGGCCUGGAUAAUGGGGGCAAAAAGACUAUUCUGGCUCAAAUCGGUAAUGUCAUCUCAUUUGAGCCCGUGAGGCACUUCCAGGUGGACACUGUGGACUACAGGGAGCUCUACAUCCGAUCCUGGGACAUUGGCGGUUUUUGGCAGCCUAAGACUUUGUGGAGGCACUUCUACCAAUAUACUGAAGCUCUCAUCUUCGUAGUGGACUGUGGUGAUUACGACAGAAUCUACGAAGCACGUGACGCCAUCCACGGGAUUCUUCGAAGCGCAGAAUUGCGCGGUGUCCGUGUUCUUAUAUUGGCCAACAAGCAGGACCUCAUAUACGCAAUGCCUGUCAGUCAAAUCAUGGAGAUACUGGAGGUUAAAAAGAUGCGUGGUCACGUCUGGUACCUGCAGCCAACUUGUGCAUUGACAGGAGCCGGGGUUUUCGAGGGCAUUGGAUGGCUUUACGACGAGCUAAUGCCUCAGAAAAAAAUAAUGAAAACCAAUUCCCUUAUUAAUCACCCCACAGGCUGA